UUUUCUUUAAUCACAUCUCGUUGGUGCAAAAUAAACCAAUACCGGAAGUGCUUCUGUAGUUUUCACCGUCGUUUCUCCUGUUUUGAGUGUUUUCAGUUGUGUUCAGGCUUUCAGAGGCGGUUAAAGUCGGAUAAGAUGGAGCCAGUUUUCAGCAGGUUUGAGUCUUAUAACUUUGAGGUUGAUCAGAAGUUUCAGGAAGGUUUGAAGACUCUGAAUGAAACCAACAGCACAGAUAAAAGCAGACUACUGGACAUGAAACUCUUCUUUUAUAACAGGUUUGUGGAGCCCAUUGACAGCAGUGCAUACAAACAGUGGAUCUCAGCCUCUGUUAAUGGGACGCAGAAGGACAAUGAUGAACAUCUGGAACAGAAAAAACUUUCAGACAACGGAGACCAGGCAGCAGAAGCUCCUGCACAGACAGAAACCCAGCAGCUUUCCUUUGCAGAGGUGAUGAGGCUGGUUCAGGAGGGGAAAGACGUUCCUGGAGCACUAAAACUGGACAUUCAGCCGAGCAACCAGAGUCCAACUCCGUCUCAGAUGGAGAGGAGACUGAAACCCUGGGAGACACUGGCAGCUUCCACAUGACGCUGUGGCAAUAAUCACAUUCAAAUGAACUUUUAUAGCACUUUGUACAUAAUUAAUAUUUUUUUUAUUUCCAGCUUUAUGAUUUCUUUACAUGAUUAAAACUGAGUCUUAAAAGACAGAAGUGUUGUAUUGCACAGUAAAAUGCUUUAAAAAUGCAACUGUCAAUUUCAUCAGUGGAUUAGUGGGACUUGAGCUUCAAGAAAUAUUCAGAUCCUUAACCUCAGUAAAAGUACUAAUACUGAAAAUACUCGACUACAAGUAAAGGUUAUGAAUGUUAUGAUUGAGCUAAUUUUGGCUACUUGAUGUACAGUUCACGUUUAACCUUCAGCAGUGCAUCAUCCUCUCUAAGAUCAUCAGAUGUUUUUGUCUAAAAAGUGAACUUUUUAGGAGCGCCGAAAAUCCAUGAGCGUUUUAUAGUUUAAUUAGCUUUAGGAGAACAACAAAGGAAUACUUUAUUCUACAGUUUCUCACAAACAUUCAUGUUUGGAGAUUUUUAAAGUAAUUAAAACUGUCUGACAAGUGCCGCGGAGUAAAAAGUAAAAUAUUUGCUUUGAAGACAUAGUAAAGUUUAAGGUGCAUUAAAUGAAAAGUACCUCUGAUUUGUCCAGUACUUAUGUUAAAGUGCUGAUUAUAACACUUUGCUUUUAACUCUUGAGUAAUAAAUCAAUAAUGUGCUCAUUAGUCAAGUAAAAACUACAAAACUAAGUAGCAAGGUUUUGGGACAAAAAUAGGUUUCUCCAGAUGUCUUGAUCAUAUUUCUUUCAAGUCAAAAACAAAUAAGUGACAACAGUCUGGUUUAACAGUCAUAAUAAAUUAAAUAUUUCCUUCACAUCAGACAAUACACGUUAAUUUGAAACUACACCAGUUUAUUUUUCCUUACAUUCAAAUAAACACACAACUUGAUGGUUAAAAGUACGUAAAACGUUAAACUUUAGCAGUGACUGUUCUGAGGUGAACAUGCACUGUUAACACCAUAAGCACCUUCAGGUAAAAAAUCCCAAAAACAAUAUGAGGUAAAGACGUUGACCAUAAGGAAACAGUCUGGUGUCACGGCAGGCCUAAAUAUCACACAUAAACAUUUGUAAAAAAUACAAACAAAAAAAUGUAAACCAGAGAAAAAGCAACACAUUCACACAAAGUAGCACCAUGAAGAUGAUAGUAUAAAAAUGAACAAUUCAGCAGUAAAAUACAGGAGUGUGCACAGAGACACCUUACAGUACUGUCAAUGUGAGAGAAUGACAUGAACGUCAUCAAAAAAAAAAAAAAAAUCACACCCAACCUAAAUAAAACAAACAAUGCAUUUCAUCACAGCAGUUACAGUGGUUUUACAAAGAUGCUGCCCUUUACACUCCCCUUGGAGACAAUCCACUUUGACUGGAGCAUAAUACAAUGUCCCUGAAUGGUGUACACCAUCCACUGCUAUUUCUGUAAUUGCUCAAGGUUUUUUCUCUUCUCUUUAGGACAGUCAUCGUCGUGAUUCUUAUUUUUAACAUUUUAAUCCUUGUUUUCCUCUUACUGUCACUAUUCCUUGAUU